AUGACUCUCUACAACGUCACCCUCAAAGACUCUGUUCCUCCCGAGAAGCUGGAAAAAGCCAAGGAGGAAGCCCGUAAUAAUGGCGGUACUAUCAAGCACGAAUAUACCCUGAUCAAGGGAUUCACUGUCGAGUACCCCGACGACCACAUCUCCGUCCUCGAGACCAACGAACACAUCCAUGUUGAGCAGGAUGGCAAGGUUUCCACUCAGUGA